AUGAAAUACGGCUGCGGUAGUCAAAUAAUUCGCGAGAAUCUUAGCAACCAUUAUCUCAAUGAGCAGCAUCAAUCGGCUCUGGUAGCAUCUGUUCGAGAUGUAAAAUUGAAUAUUGAUCAGUUCAAAAAUGGGCAUACUACACUAUCCAUUAGCGCUAGUGCCUCCUCAUUAACUACAGUUAAACAAGAGCCUACUCAUAUGAUGGAGGUUGAAACAGUAUCCUCCUCCGCUUUAUCAGUUGAAAUGAGUGAUUUACAUCAGGAACUUCAAAAAUGUCAUGAGACACUCUUAAUCUUUGAUCAAGGGGUCCAAACAUUAUCAAGCGAUGUCACACGAUUAGACUCGGAAGCACAACGCCAUCAGCAAUUGAUUCAAUCCGCUUUCAAUGAAAUACAGCAGUUGAAACUUUCUGUUGAUGAAAAAGAUACAUUUCUCGUCGGCAUAGCCGCAAAUAAAGAAAUUCUUGAACAAGAAUUGACGAAUAUACAAGAAAAAAUCCAGAACAUCGAAUCCGUGUCGUAUGAUGGAACCCAAACGUGGAAAAUAACGAAUGUCAGCAACAAAACGGCCGAUGCACAAAGUGAGAGAUGCACAUCCAUUUAUUCACCUCCCUUCUAUUCAUCACCUGCUGGAUACAAAAUGCGAGCGCGGCUCUAUCUCCAUGGCGAUGGUAACGCGAGACGAACCCACAUCUCAUUGUUUUUCGUGUUGAUGAAAGGAGAUUAUGAUGCAGUGCUCAAAUGGCCAUUCAAUCACAUAGUCACAUUUUGCUUGUUUGAUCAAUCAGGUCAAAAUCGGCAUGUAAUAGACAGUUUUCUGACAGACACCAAAUCAAAUUCCUUUCAACGACCAAGAUCGGAAAUGAAUAUAGCCAGUGGAAUACCAAAGUUCUGUGCCGUGUCAAUGAUUCAGCCGGACAAUAACAAUUAUGUACGAGACGAUACAAUGUUCAUAAAGAUCAUGGUUGAUUUUGCUAAUCUAUCAAAAAUGUUGCCGUUUGCAUUCAAUUUGAAUCCUGGUCUACCACUACAUAUUCAACAGCUAUUAAUUAAACAAGAAUGGGAAAAGAGGCAACCAACUGCUGAUGCUGCGAGUGCUAUGACUUCUUCAGUCAUCACUCCAACAAGCUGUGAUUGA